CGAUGAUUGAUCUCGGCCGGCCGGCCGUUCUCUCUCGACGCGACGUCGUCACGCGGCGGUUCAUCGACGGCGCCCGUGGAGACGCGACAAACGCCAGCGAUCGAGCAAGAGCAACCAGAGAAACCCAUGGCUGCCAUUGAUAUUUGAUUGAAGGUGCUAGCUACGCCGGUAUAAAUAUGGAGAGGAGAGACGUGCAGCUCUGCUUCUAGCUCGACUUCUCGAGUGGUGACGAAGCUAGUUAGCAGUAACAAUGGCGGCGGCGAGCGGCGAGAAGGAGGAGGAGGAGAAGAAGCUGCAGGAGAGGGCGCCGAUCCGGCGCACGGCGUGGAUGCUGGCCAAUUUCGUCGUACUCUUCCUCCUCCUCGCCCUCCUCGUCCGCCGCGCCACCGCCGCCGACGCCGAGGAGCGCGGCGUCGGCGGCGCGGCGUGGCGCGUGGCGUUCGCCUGCGAGGCGUGGUUCGCGUUCGUGUGGCUGCUCAACAUGAACGCCAAGUGGAGCCCCGCCCGGUUCGACACCUACCCGGAGAACCUCGCCGGAAGGAUCGACGAGCUGCCGGCGGUCGACAUGUUCGUGACGACGGCGGACCCGGCGCUCGAGCCGCCGGUGGUGACGGUGAACAAGGUGCUCUCGCUGCUCGCCGUCGACUACUACCCGGGCGGCGGCGGCGCCGGCGGCGGCAGGCUGGCCUGCUACGUCUCUGACGACGGGUGCUCGCCGGUGACGUACUACGCGCUGCGGGAGGCCGCCGGGUUCGCGAGGACGUGGGUGCCCUUCUGCCGGCGGCACGGCGUCGCCGUCAGGGCCCCCUUCCGGUACUUCGCCUCCGCGCCGGAGUUCGGCCCGGCCGACCGGAAGUUCUUAGACGAUUGGACAUUCAUGAAGAGUGAGUACGACAAGCUAGUCCGUCGGAUCGAGGACGCCGACGAGACCACCCUUCUGCGGCAAGGCGGCGGCGAGUUCGCCGAGUUCAUGGACGCCAAGAGGACGAACCACCGCGCCAUUGUCAAGGUUAUAUGGGAUAAUAACAGCAAGAACAGGAUAGGCGAAGAAGGAGGGUUCCCGCAUCUCAUAUACGUCUCAAGGGAGAAGAGCCCCGGACACCACCAUCACUACAAGGCCGGCGCCAUGAACGCCCUGACGAGGGUGUCAGCCGUGAUGACCAACGCACCGAUCAUGCUGAACGUGGACUGCGACAUGUUCGCGAACGAUCCCCAGGUCGUCCUCCACGCGAUGUGCCUGCUGCUGGGGUUCGACGACGAGAUCUCCAGCGGGUUCGUUCAGGUGCCGCAGAGUUUCUACGGCGACCUCAAGGACGAUCCUUUCGGGAACAAGCUGGAGGUUAUUUACAAGAAACUUCUAGGCGGGGUUGCAGGGAUUUAGGGCUUAUUUUAUGGUGGAACGGGUUGCUUCCACUGUAGAAAAGCCAUUUACGGCAUCGAACCAGACUCCAUUGUGGUAGGAAGAGAGGGCGCCGCAGGUUCGCCAUCUUACAAGGAGCUUCAGUUCAAGUUUGAAAGUUCAGAGGAGUUGAAGGAAUCAGCUCGGUACAUCAUUUCUGGGGAUAUGUCCGGUGAGCCAAUAGUAGAUAUAUCAAGUCACAUUGAGGUUGCAAAAGAAGUUUCUUCCUGCAACUAUGAGAGUGGCACACAUUGGGGUCUGGAGGUUGGUUGGGCCUAUGGAUCAAUGACCGAAGACAUUUUGACUGGGCAGCGGAUCCAUGCAGCAGGUUGGAGAUCUGCAAAGUUGGAAACCGAACCACCAGCAUUCUUGGGCUGCGCACCAACGGGUGGACCAGCUUGCCUAACCCAGUUCAAGAGAUGGGCAACGGGUUUGUUUGAGAUACUCAUAAGCCAGAAUAACCCACUCCUUCUGAGCAUAUUCAAGCAUCUCCAAUUCCGACAAUGCCUUGCGUACCUGACUCUUUAUGUGUGGGCUGUGAGGGGAUUUGUUGAGCUAUGCUAUGAAUUGUUGGUUCCUUAUUGCCUACUCACAAAUCAAUCCUUCUUGUCAAAGGCAUCAGAAAAUUGUUUCAACAUCACAUUAGCACUAUUCUUGACCUAUAAUACAUACAACUUCGUGGAGUACAUGGAAUGUGGGCUCUCUGUACGUGCCUGGUGGAACAACCACAGAAUGCAACGGAUCAUUUCAGCCUCUGCAUGGCUACUAGCAUUUUUUACUGUGCUCCUCAAGACCAUAGGCCUCUCCGAGACUGUGUUCGAGGUCACCCGUAAGGAGAAGAGCACAUCGGAUGGCAAUGGCCAAAACGAUGAGGUUGACCCGGAGAGAUUCACCUUUGACGCAUCACCAGUGUUCAUCCCCGUUACGGCGCUGACAAUGUUGAACAUUGUUGCAAUCACAAUUGGUACAUGGAGGGCAGUUUUUGGGACAACAGAAGACGUGCCUGGUGGUCCGGGUAUAAGUGAAUUCAUGUCUUGUGGAUGGCUGCUACUGUGCUUAUUGCCAUUUGUGAGAGGGCUAGUGGGCAAGGGAAGCUAUGGUAUCCCAUGGAGUGUCAAGCUGAAGGCUAGUUUGCUGGUGGCCUUGUUCCUGUUCUGCUCCAAUAGAAAUUAGUUUCAGCAUGUAAGCAUAGUCAGCUUAACAUGUUUCAUGUAUGUAUUAUUUGAGCAAUAUGUUUGUAAUUCCAUUUAGCAAAUGACGACAACUAUAAACAUAUGGAGUAUUUCACUUUCA